AGAGCCCAGGGGAGGAUGCCAUGGCAGCACAUCACGGAGGGAUCCACGGGUCUGGCACACAAGUUGCCAACCAUGCCCGGGAGGAUGAGGAGCCUGGCAUGGAGAAAGGAGGCUCUGAGGAGCAAGGGCAGCCUGGGGAAGAGGAAACAGAGGAGCCAAGAGGAGCGUCUGCUCUGGAGGGGGGAGAAGAAGGGGAUGAGCAGAGCUCGGAGGAAGAUGAUGAGCAAGGAGAGUCUGACAAAGGUCAACACGGGGCGUCUGAGGAAGAUGGAGGCAAGGGAGAGUCUGAGGAGGAGGGAGAUCCUAAGGAGGAGAAAGAAUCUGAGGAAGAUGGUGAGAGGUCAGAGAAUGAAAGUGAAGAGGGUGACAAGGAAGCAGCCAGCACUUCCGACAAAGAGAGCCAUGGCAAACCAGCAGCUGCUGGCAUGGGAGAAGCCAGGGAUGGCCCUGCCAGCUGCCAUCACCCACCCUGUGAGGACGAAGAAGAAGACCCGCCAGCAGCAGAUCCACCAGCAGCAGUGGAAGACCCACCAGCAAAAGAAGACCCCCCAGCAGUGGCAGAAGACCCCCCAGCAGUGGCAGAAGACCCCCCUGCAGACAAUCCCCCACUGGCAGAAACAGAGGGCCCCAUCACCCCCCCAGCUGCUGCCGAGCCCCAGCACAGCCAGAUAGAAGAGGUUGAAGAUGCCAGCGAGCCCACCAAGCGUGACCGGUCCCACUUGGAGAACACCCUCAAGCUGAACGAGGAAAAACCUGCCGAUGAUGUCUCAGGUGAGGGAGCCAUGCACACCCUGCUCCUUCAGCCCACACCGUCCCUGCAGGACAGGUCCAGAGUACUGCAGCGGCUGAGGAAGAUCUACCACUCCUCCAUCAAGCCCCUGGAGCACUCCUACAGAUACAACGAGCUGAGGCAGCACGAGAUCACAGGCACAGGGGCAGAACCCACCACCUCUGAGUUCACUGUCAUCAUGCACGGCCCCAAGCUGAAGACCAUCGAGGGCAUCGUGAUGGCUGCUGACAGCGCCCGAUCCUUCUCGCCCCUGGAGAAGUUUGGGCAGAACUUUUUGGAGAAGCUGAUAGGGAUCGAGGUGCCCCACAAACUGCUGGAGCGAGUCACCUUUGUGGACACCCCGGGCAUCAUCGAAAACCGCAAGCAGCAAGAACGAGGUUACCCGUUCAACGACGUGUGCCAGUGGUUCAUUGACAGAGCCGAUCUCAUCUUCGUUGUCUUUGACCCCACGAAGCUGGACGUGGGCUUGGAGCUGGAGAUGCUGUUUCGCCAGCUGAAGGGCCGCGAGUCCCAGAUCCGAAUCAUCCUGAACAAAGCCGACAGCCUGGCCACCCAGGAGCUGAUGAGAGUCUACGGCGCCUUAUUCUGGAGCCUGGCUCCUCUCAUCAACGUCACAGAGCCACCCAGGGUGUACGUUAGCUCCUUCUGGCCCCACGACUACCACCCGGAAACCCACAGAGACCUGUUUCUCAAGGAAGAGAUAUCGCUCCUGGAGGAUCUCAACCAGGUGAUUGAGAACAGGAUGGAAAACAAGAUCGCCUUCAUCCGCCAGCACGCCAUCCGGGUGCGCAUCCACGCCCUCCUGGUCGAUCGCUACCUACAGACCUACAAGGACAAAAUGACCUUCUUUAGCGAUGGAGAACUGGUGUUCAGGGACAUUGUGGAAGAUCCUGACAGGUACUUUAUCUUUAAGUCCAUUCUGGCAAAGACCAAUGUCAGCAAAUUUGACCUCCCCAACCGUGAGGCUUACAAGGACUUCUUUGGCAUCAACCCCAUCACCAGUUUUAAGCUGCUGUCUCAGCAGUGUUCCUACAUGGGAGGGUGUUUCCUGGAGAAGAUUGAGAAGGCCAUCACCCGCGAACUUCCCGAUCUCUUGGGAAGCAUCGGCUUGGGGAAGAAGCCCAACGUCCUCUCCUGCGACGUCACUGGCUGUGGUGAAACCCCAAAGAAUCGCUACAGGAAACCCUAAGGUGAUCCAUAACCCAACUGUCCACAUGUUCCUACUGGUGAAUGAGCUUAUGUCUUAUCUGUCCAAAAAGCCAUGGUUUGUUAACCCUUUGAGUGCCGCGCUGGCAAAGGCUGCCGUACGAUGAGGACUUUGAGUCGUUGACCUCGAUGGCAGGGGAAGAUGGGUGGGCAUAAGAAAGAGAAUAAAAACUGUGAAUUCCUGACAUUUUACCUUUGUUCUUUCGAGUAGAAGGCAAUGUUUAAGCUGUAAGUAUGAGCAAUGCACGGGGAGCUAGAACAGCAGCUGCUUUUCCACUGAUGCCAAGAGUGCGUGAAGAGGAAUUUCAACCUCUGCAUCCCUGAAGACACGAGGGAGCGAGCACGAGGGCACGGCAUGAGAGCACAGGGGAGAGCAGUGACACACUAACCCAGGCACCACCAGGAGCCCCAGGACAAAGUGCUGCUCAAGGAAAGAGAGGCCAGGACCCAGCUGUGGUUUUCUCGCACAAACACGCUACAAAUCUCGGCAAAUAUUGAUCUUGUUUUUCUUUCCAAGACUUCUAGGUCACCUGGUGAGUUCUCCUUCCAUUUAACAGCUGAGCUGAUCCUCUGCAGCCUUCACCUGGGCGUUCACCUUAAGGAGGGGCGUUUGCAGGGGUGUUUUUAGCUCCAGACAAGUAACCAUGAUGGGAUUUGGAAGUCCAUGUCAGAGGAGGAAGUGGGUUGGAAAGGAGCGGCCAGCACUUGCUGAGCUGUGCUGGAGGAGGAGCAGAUGGUCCCACAAGGAGCUGUGAGCAGGGUUUUAUUCCCCUGUGUCAGCACAGGAGAGGGCACUUUGUGCCUGUGAGUGUCAUUAACUCAAAAUCCACACUGGCAAGUCCUACCUGCGGACCAGCAGGGCUCUGAGGGUGAGGAUUUGGCAGUUUGACCUUGUUCAAGUCCAUGCUGAUGAUUUCUCAGUCAGACCCCCAUGUUUUUGUGCUCCACAGAGGGAGGCAGGAACAGGGGGUCACUAUCUGUGAAGUGAAAAAGGUCACAUCCCUUUUGCCCACCUGCUGCUCUGCCCUCCCCAGGACAGUCCAGGCAGGUUUCUGGGGCUUGUUUUCCAAACUCCUCCCAUUUUAGCCAUUUGUUGGCUCAUUUCUGAGCAUCGCUGCUCAGUCCUGAAGGAGUAUUGCUUUGGAAGCACCCGAGCAGGGUGAGGUUCCCCAUGGACAGCUGACCUUGAAACCUGGCCCUCAUGGACAGCACAGCUGGCUGCCGACCCGAGCCCAAACCAACCAGGAGGUAGAUUUUUUUGUCCUGGAUGGAGACUGGCACCUUCAAGCGCACCCUGGACCUGCUGAACAUCCUUUGUCCUUCCUCCUGCCAAACGUCCAUGGUGAAACCUCUGGAGCAGAAGGACUUACCUUUGAUAAGAAACAAAAGGACAUGGAGGUGCUGGCUGAGGCAAGAAAAAGGCAAAAGGAAUGAAAGAGGGAAAGAGAAAGCUGGGAAUGGAAGGCUGUGUUGUGAUGGGAAGGGUGUGAAGGGCAGCACCCCACAUCUCCAUGUGUGCAGCGGGAUGUGAGCUAAGGCAGGAGAACUGUGGGAGCUCCACAUUCCCCAUGUGCUGCGAAGAAAAGGUCCCCUUGAGUCCAGGUGAGUUUGGGGGGACGCUGCCCCAGGGACUUCCACACUCCUGACCUCUGCUUUGAGGUAGGACUUUACAUUUGAACUAAUAAAGCCAAGAUCCAGAUCUACGUCCAAGCACAGGAAGGGACCCGGCUCAGGCAGAGGGAUUUUGCCUGCAGUGCAGAGGGACUGGAGGUGCAAGGGAAGGCGAGCAGAAUGUCAGAGAGAGCAGCAGCCAGAGCAGCCUGGAGAGAAAUGAUGUGCUCAUGAGUCAGUGCAUGAGCUCAAAGUGAUGUUUCAAACCUGCCCAAGCGCUGCUGCCCCUCCACUGCUGUUCCUUCUCUCUUGUACAUGAUCCCAUUGCUCAUCGGUGUCCCUCUCCAUCUCACUGCUCACUCUCCUCCACUUGGCUCUGCAUGGUUUUCUCAAGAGGUAAUGGAAUUGAAACACUGACAGAAACAGGCUAAUGCUGCCACUGUUCCUGCUGUUGCACUGUGUGUCACUGUCACAUUGAGCAAAGGCCAUCAAACAUUUCUAUUUGCGAGGUUUGUAUCGCACCAUCUCUGUCCUUGUUGCCCUGUCCCCCUAAAGCCCGUGGGGUAGCCAGGGAAAGACCCCCCACCCCACAAGAAGGAUUGCCCCUGAAGGCACUGUUGCUCUGUUCUCAGGCUGCUCCCAUUGUUCUCCCCGUCCUUUCUCUGGUUUCCUUUUCUCUUGCUUUAUUUUCCAGCCCUCAUCGCCUCUUCUCCUCCCUUCCUCUCCCUUCGGCACCUGCAUGCCCCGUGCAAAGCCCUGUGCCCAUGUCUUGGAUGUGGCUCCUCUGUGACAGCAAAAACCUUUUCCCCCCUCUGAUAUGGUGUGCUUGGGUUCUCUUUCUGAAUCAGUGGCUUCAGCAGUGGUGGUCUGUUCCCUGCUCCCCGCCACGCACGAUGACUCUGCUCCGUGCUGGCUCGGGGAGAUGACACCACUGCGAUGCUUCCUCUCCCAUGGCUCCAAGUGGCUGUCAGUCCCAAGAGGAUUGCAGUUCCCAGCCCAGCUCUUGCUGAGCUUUCUUAGGAGAUCUCUGGGAAUGUGGGAGUGGAAAUGGGGAGCAAGGAGGCCUUUUCAUUCUGCGAAGAAACCCCAAGCACCCACAGCACUGGGGUGGUGAGCGUCUCACCCAAGGGCACUGCGGGAGGGAGGGAGCUGGAACACAGGCCUGUGUAGAUGCCCAUGAUCGUGUGCAUUGGGAUAAAACUGUCAGCUUGAACAUCAGCCUGUCUAAUAAAACCUGGUAUUUUCCAAACACA